CUUCCCUUGCACCAGUCAGCCUGCCCAGUUGGCAAAAUCCCCCGCAAAACCCUUUUUACGGCCUUCGCUAACAUCUUAAACCCGCCAGCAUGGUAAAGUACCCAUUCCACUCAACGGCCACUCCCCAGCUAAACCAGUCGCCCGUCUCAGUCCCCUUCUCCUUCUUUCCCUCCCAAUCGCUGUUCUUUCAGUGGCUUUUUGGGGAGGCAGGUUUGGCAUAAAUACAGAUUCACUGAGUCCACACACCCGGCAUCAGCCGCUCCGACUCGUUUGCUCCUUCUUGGAGCAGCCCGUCCAAGUCACUGAACCAGUUGAAAGAGCUAGUGAUGGUUAUUGCACGUGGAUUGCCUCGAGGUUUUCCUUAUCGACUUAUCUAUAAUCAGCGGAGUCUUUGGGUAAAAAGAAGACAGAGGAAAAGCAUAUUGCGUCCUUGUUCAGUGAAGAAGCUUCUAAGUCAUUCUAGAGAAGAGCAUGAACGAGAGAAAGAACAUGAACAUGCUGUCAGCAAAGAUGAGGAGAGGAAGAAAGACAUGGCAAAAGCCAGAAAAGAGGAGGCAAAAGCUGGUGACUCUGAGGAUAUACUUCCGGGAAUUCCACCAGUGCCUUCGACCAACCAUCCAAAAUCUGGUGUAGUGUUUGUUCUUGAAAAAGCUUCACUUGUGCCUGCUUAUGUUGGCAGGACAUAUGAGAUAUUGAAUCCCGACAAGCAUGCUGAUUUUUUAAGGAAGAAGAACAUGAAUCCUUAUGAUUACAGACCUGAUAUUGUCCAUGAGAUUCUCGUUGAUAUAUUGGGCAGCCGACUUAAUAUGGCUGGUAUGGUUCAGGCUGUGUUCGUUAAAACUGAUCUUGGGCAUCUUAUCAAAAUCAAGCCACAUGUUCGCAUACCGCCGACAUUGGGCAAAUUUUGUGCUAUGAUGUCCCAGUUAUUGCAGAAGUUUAGUAUCAAAGCUAGGGGUGGGGGUGAGAAACUAAUGCAGUUGAUUGAGAACCCUUUGGUCAAGCAUUUGCCUGUUAAUUCUCGAAUAAUAGGGCUCUCUGUUAGUUCGCCAAAGGCUGUAAGGUUGCGCGACUAUGUUGAUGAUGUAGGCAAUGAUUGCACUCCUGUAUUCGUGAUUGGUGCCAUGGCUCAUGGGAAAAUUAAUGAUGACUACACAGAUGAUCUUAUAUCAGUUUCUGCACUUCCCUUGAGUGCGGGUGCCUGUGUGAGACGUAUAUGCUACGAAUUGGAGAGGAAAUGGAGGAUAUUAUAGUUUGCUACUAAGAUUUGGUUCCCAGUAUUUAUGUAAAACUAGGGGUAAUUCUCGCUGUGAACCUUAGUAGGUCACCUGACAGGACAGAAGUUUCUGAAAGUUCAGUUAUUGAUACAAUUUUCUUCUUUAAUUUCGCAUUAUGAUAAGGUAUUUAUUAGCUAUUGUUGUUUUUGAGCUGAGUUGGGUUUUGGAACUUUUGGUUGUGUAUUCUUGCUUCUUUUAUUCCAGGAUUUUAUCUA